AUGCCUCAUCAUCUAACCUCCCUCUUUAAAUCCGCUGCGGGGAUUGCAAAUGGUGUUUUGGGAAAUUCGGUGGGGAGUAGAAGGCGAAAUGGGAAUGGGAAUGAGAAGCAGGAUUUACUGAAGAGGGAGAAGGGAGAAAAUGAGAGAGAAGAAAAACUUCGGACUGAAGAUUUGGGUUUGGGAGGAGUUGCUAGGGAUGAGGGGGGAAUUGUUGGUGGGGAUUUGGUUGAAGGGGACGACGGGGUGGAGGGUAGGGAGAUGAGUGGAAUGAGCGGAAGAAGUGGGACGUGCAAACAUUGUAAGUCGAUUGUUACGUCAGGCUCAACAGCUACAGAUAGAAAGGAUAAUCUUCUUCCUUUGACGCCGUGUUUGAGAGCUGUGGAUGGAUCGGAUGUGGAGGUUAGUCCUACGGAUGAAUUGGGUGGGUUUGGUGGGGAAGGUGGGAGUGGAAGUGUAGAUGAGGAAGAUGAGGGUGGCGGUAUUAAGAAUACUGGGGCAAGUGGGUUAGAGACCGGAGGAAAGAGCCACAAAGACAAAGACAUCACUCCUACUUCUAUCCCACUCCCAAUAUCGAGUACGACCUCAAGCAUAAACACGAUAUCUGAAAUACAAUAUACAGCUACUAGAAAUCGUUCCUCUACUAUUCCGCGCAAACAGAUUGUUACUAAUAUAAGAGGUUGUCUUGAGUGGAAGACUGAGUAUGGGGGAUAUGAGGGUAUGGAAUGUGGAGGGAAAGGAGAAGGAAGGGGAAAUGUGGAAAGAGGGGAGAGAUUGAGAAGUUUCGGGAGUGCGAAGAGUAAAGCUAUUGGUGAGAGGAAGGAGGAGAGAAAUGCGAGAUUGGAGAGAGAGAGGAUGGAAAGGAGUAGGAGGGAUCUCCGCCACGAAAAUCCCCUCUAUUCCCAUCCCGUCCAACCCAAUACAAUCUCGCAGGGAACACCACCCACCACAAAUCCCCUCUACGCCAACACCUCCAGCCCAUCAAUCAACUCCUCAAACUCCAAAUCUCGCGCUUUUCGCCACUCGUAUACGGUACCUAUUCAUGGAUUGAAUCUUAUGGGUAAAGGAGUUGAGGGGUCUACUGAUGUGGAGGGUAUAUCUGGAGGCAUGGAGAAUAUAUGCACUGGAAAUAGUGUAAGUGGUGUAAGUGGAAUGGGAAGAGGUACUGCGAGGGAUAGAUAUAGCGGGAAUAGUAAUACAUCAGUUUCUGGUUCUGGAUCGGGGGCGAUGGGAAUGGGAUCGCGAAGGGGAAGUUUUCUGAGGAGAGCAAGUGUGAGUUUUAAGGGGUUGGGUGCGGGAAUGGGGUUUAUGAGGAGUUCGAGUGGAGGAGGUAUUGCGGUGGGUGGAACCGGGGAGGGAAUGCAAGUAUUGGGUGUAAAUUCUGAAAAAGUCGAUUCGAAUACUAUACCUGCCGAGUUUCUGAGAGGUGUAGGUGGAUAUGCGGGUGAUGGGAUGGGUAUAUGUGUGGGGAGGGAGAAAUCUGAGAUGGACACAGAAAAAAGACAUAGUUAUCGCCAUUCACUUAUUUUACCGAAAUUUGAAUGGGAGGAGGAAUCUGUGGGUGGGAAGGAGGUUUGA